CAAUUUAUCAAUAGAUAUUAAUGCCAGCCAUCAACUAGAAAAUACAAAGAGAACAAAUACAUACCGUAUGAUUGAGAGAUACAAAAUAUUUGCCACAUCUAGAACUGCAGUGAAAAUGACAACUAAUCAAAGUUGGCAAUGCGGCCAAUAAGCAAGCUGACAGCAGAUUUUUUGUACGAUAGGAAAGUGCAUUAUUUGUUUUUCAAUUAUAUUAUUAAAUUUAUUAUUUUAAUGUAAUAUGUAUAAUUCAUGAUGAGUAAUACAUCAGAUUCAGGAGAUAGUGUGAAUUGUGAAAAUAAAACUGUUAGGGAAAGUAAUUUUUCAGUUGUGGCAUUAGAUUCUUUAAAAGAAUUCGAUCAAGAACAGUUAUUUCAAUAUGUCCAAAAGCUUCAACCGCUCUACUUGAAGUGCAAGAAAAAAUUACAAAAUUUCAAAAACAGAGCAAAACUUCUGGAAAAAACAGUUCAACUUUUGAAUGAUGAUAAAAGCCAAAACGCUGGAGAAAACACAAAUGAGGAAAAUAAAGACUCCCUAACUCAAACUGAAGACGCGCAAAAAGAACAAAAAGAUGUUUCUUCCCCAAAUACAACCUUAGAUUUUGUGGCUGAAAUACGAAAGGCAGCUGAUGAAGCUCAACACCUGAAUGGAUUUGUUUAUGAGCCUACAUCGGGUUUAUAUUAUGAUCACAAGACUGGCUAUUAUUAUAAUGCGGAAUAUGGUCUUUAUUAUGAUGGAAAUACUGGCUGCUAUUACAAUUAUAACCAAGAAAAAAAUUCUUUUGAAUUUCAUUCUCAGGUGCCAGUACAACCUAAUAACACAAGUUCAAAGAACUCCCACACUAAUAAUGAUGAUGACAUAUUUGAUAAUUACGAUACGGAUGUUGAAUUUGAUGAGUUUGGAGUGAUAACGGACGCAACAAAAUUUCGACAGAUCAAAAAAGAAAAGAAAAAUCUUAAAAGAGCGGAGGAAAAACGUAGACGUAAACUUAAAAAGAAAAAGAAGAAAAGUAAGAAGGAGAAAAGGAAACGUAAAAGACACAAUGAAGAUAAAAAUGAUAGCAAUACCGACAGUGACAAUGAGCGAAAAAUUAAAAAUAGUAAAAAAAGUGAUUGCGAAGAGGGAGAAUUAUCUUCAUCAACCACUAGUAGUAGCAGCAGUAGCAAAACGACUAAUAGUAAUGACUCCACUCCACAGCGACAGGAUAAGUUCGAAUCAAAUCAACUAGAGAAGGAUGAGGUACAACAGUUUAAAAGAGGAAGUCAUUUUCAAGAUAUUGCAAAAAAAUAUCCACCAUCAUUACGUUUAAUUGUAAAGGAAACUAAUGUGAAGGAUUUAAAAAUUGGCAGUUUGUAUGUGGUAACGUAUAAAGGUGGUGGUCUAGGACGCGAGGGCAAUCAUGAUAUUAUUAUACCAGAUGUUAAUGUCUCAAAAUGCCAUUUAAAGUUUAGCUAUGAUACUAAGCAACAACUGUAUUAUUGUAUUGAUCUCGGAUCGCAGAAUGGUACAUUACUUAAUGGUGUACGUAUGUCUAGCUCAAAAUCGGAGAGUGAUCCUCAAAUUGUGAAACAUGGAAGUAUUAUACAAAUUGGGUUAACUAAAUUAUUGUGUCAUGUGCAUGAAGGAAACACAACUUGCGGCUUGUGUGAACCCGGUCUACUAAUGGAAACAGCACAAGAAGCAAGUACAGAAGCAGUAGUUAUGCUUACGCAUAAAGAACAACUCAGAAAAUUGCAGAGAAAAUAUGGUCUGGAAAAUGAAAAAUUUGUGGAUGUGCAAAAAAAUGAUAGUAGUUAUAACGAUCGUGCAGCUACACGUCGGACACAAGUUGGUAGUUCUACAGAUAAUGAAAAGACACAAACUGCAUGUGUUAAUACUGAAAUAUCUAGUGAGAAUAAAGGUUUCAAAAUGUUAGCAAAUAUGGGCUGGAAUAAAGGCGAAGCGCUAGGUAAAACAAAUGCUAGUACUGGACUAUUAGAACCGAUAAACGUUGCUUCAAAUGAAGGCACAAAGGGAUUAGGUUGCAAUACAACUAUUACAAAGCAACCGACAUUCAACAUAAAAAAGCUGAGUGCUUUAAAGAAAACUCAAGAACGCUACCAAAAAGCCGAUAUAUUUUAUGACAAUGAGGAUAGUGAUUAAAACAAGAUAAAUUUAGAUUUUAACAUAUUAUUAUGCAUGCAAUUAUUUAUGUUUUUUAUGUAUAGAUAAAAAAUUAAACAAC